GACUUAAAAUGGGCGAAAGGGCAGCAGUAUUUGGCAUAACGCAGUAAAAUUUAAAUUAGGAAUGCCAUACGUUGUUUGGCUAUUUGCACCAUUGUCGUAAUAAGUUCAAAAAAGACGGUCGAGCAAAAUUAUAUUCAAUUUGAAAUUGGCGUUGAAUAAUAUAUGUUUUAUAAAAAGUAAAUCAGAUAUAAAAAAAAAUAUACUUAUACAACCUCUAUCUGGAUAUUCAAGAGGUUACAUAUUUAAGGAGGUAUUAUUGCAGAGUUCGUGAAAUAUCGGAAUCCAAAAUCUUCUUCAGGUAUCAAGGGUCAUUCUUCAACGGAAACCAUGCAAUUAAUGAAUAUUUGGAUAUUUUUCUUUUUUCUUCGCCAAGUGCAAAGUGAUUGUUCCAGCCCGAGCAAUAUCGCAAACGGAAAAAAUAUGAUAUCUGCUGACACUCAUUAUUUCUGGAACAAAUGUUCGUGGAACUUUAAUCUCCCCGGCGCUACCGCACUUUAUCUACAAGUCACUGAAAUCAGAUUAAAUUCCUAUAUUUUUGUAAAAUAUUGCAGCGCGAAGCUUUAUUUUAAUAAAGAAGAACUAAACAAUUGCAAGAAUGACGACAACUUCUGUGUUUUAUAUACGUCGAGUUCGUCAUGUAGGAUUUCAUCAACAGCGUUUUCGACUUGCCAUCAUAGACGUGAGACUUCUAACAUUUUAGUUAAGCUUGACGGAGCUGGAUUGCUGAAAAUGAGUUAUCAAUUUCUUCCAUGCUUGCAAGACACAACUACAGAUACAAUCGUAAACAAAACUUCGUCGUUUAUCCGACAUCAUCACCUGAACCACGGAUGACGCGGCAAUUGCGACAACAACAACAAAUAGAACAUCAGCAACUUAUUGGAACGUUCGUCAAACAUCAAGAAAUAUAAUGACAGCGACAAGUGAUAAAGAUCCUACCAGAAAGGAUUCGAAAAUAAAUCUUGAAAUAUUGAUACCAAUUGCAAUCAUAUUGUCACUGGUUUUGAUUGUCUCAGCAACAGUACUAUUCUUUUA